AUGGCGAUGAAAAGGUCAGACUACCUCAGCGAGGUCUGGAGGGAGGGCAUCUUCAACAACAAGGUCGUCUUCUGCACAGGCGGUAACGGCACCAUCUGCAGUGCUCAGGUUCGAGCAAUGGUCCAUCUCGGAGCCAACGCUUGCAUCGUGGGCCGGAAUGUUGAGAAGACCGAAUCCAUGGCCAGAUCCCUGAUGACUGCUCGGGAAGGCUCCAAAGUACUUGGAAUCGGCUCAGUCGAUGUCCGAAAUCCAGAGAGUCUGAACCAAGCGGUGGAGAGCUGCGUGAAGGAGCUAGGAGGCAUAGAUUUCUGCAUCGCCGGCGCAGCAGGCAAUUUCCUGUCCCCACUCUCCCAUCUCUCCGCCAACGCCUUCAAAUCCGUCAUCGACAUCGACGUGCUCGGCUCCUAUAACACCGCCAAAGCCGUGCUGCCCCACCUCGUAAAAUCCGCCUCCACCUCCACCUCCGGCGGCCGCCUCAUCUUCGUCUCCGCCACCAUCCACUACACCGGCGCGCCCCUGCAGACGCACGUCGCGGUCGCCAAGGCGGGCGUCGACGCGCUCUCGGCCAACGUGGCGAUCGAGUACGGUCCCCGCGGCCUGACGUCCAACGUCAUCGCCCCGGGUCCCAUCGCGGCCACGGAGGGCAUGGAGCGGCUGAGCCGCGGCGAGGAUGCCCAGGCGAGCAGGAAGCGGAUCCCGGCCGUGGGGGACGGUCAAGGAGGUGGCCGAUGCCACGGUCUGGUUGUUUAG